GCUUACACGUCAAAUGCUUGGUAACAAUUUAGGACUAAUGUUUUUACAAAAAUCUAAAUUAUUAUAAAUAAAUAAAUAAGGUAUUUAAAAUAAAAUAAAGCUACAGUGAAGCAACGUGGAUGAAUAGCAAAAAUAUCAUAUUACUUUAGUUAUAGCAACUAAUGUUUCACUAGGAUAAGUUUAUUGCGAAAAAAUGGGUGGUUUACUAAGUUACUUUAGAGGCCUAUUGGGUGCUCGUGAAAUGCGGAUUUUGAUCCUGGGCUUGGACGGCGCCGGGAAAACCACAAUAUUGUACAAAUUGCAAGUGGGGGAGGUAGUGACAACCAUACCCACUAUUGGUUUCAAUGUGGAACAAGUUACUUACAAAAAUUUAAAGUUUCAAGUAUGGGAUCUUGGAGGACAAACCAGCAUCAGACCAUACUGGCGAUGUUAUUAUGGCAAUACAGAUGCUAUCAUCUAUGUGGUUGAUUCAGCAGAUAGAGACAGAAUAGGAAUAUCCAAAGAUGAGCUCGUUCAUAUGUUACGGGAAGAGGAGUUAGCUAAUGCAAUCCUCGUGGUUCUAGCCAACAAGCAAGAUAUGGCGGGAUGUCUGACUGUGGCGGAGGUACAUCAGGCACUCGGGUUAGAUGCACUCCGAGACAGAACUUUUCAGAUAUUUAAGACCAGUGCAGUGAGAGGUGAAGGUCUCGACCAAGCUAUGGAUUGGCUGUCUAAUGCAUUGCAGGCUAGGAAAUAAUAGUAUAGAACUGCUGUAUACAAAAAUAAAAUUAUAUCAAUAACCGUUUGUCAGAAGAUAGUGUAGAAGGCUCUGGCUGGACCUAAGUUAUUUACUCUCCAUAUGUCUGCAUUAUAUAAUAUGUAAAUGUGAUUCCCGUUUUGAGUAUGAAUUGUGAUAUGAUUGUGUCGCUGUUUUAGAAUAAAAUAAUUUUAAUGGACAGCCUUUCAUUUUAUAUAAUUAAUACUCGAACGGGAUGUAAAAUUAAUUUAGCUUUCUUACAAGGGAUAAAGUUUUCAAAAUAAACCACAGUUAUGUAUAGUCUCUAUCAUUGACCAUUUUUUUUGUUUGCAUUCAUACUAAUAAUUCAAUUAUAAAAUAGUAAUAAGCUAAAUUUUUUUUUAAAUAUCAUUUAAUGCCUAAUUAUUAUUAUAUAUCAAUUUUAUGUGAUUUUCGUUAUAGCUCUAAACACUAGCUAGCUACAGAUCCAUUUCUAAUAAAAAAAUUAAAAACAUCUUAAGACAGAAAUACAUUGUUCUGUAUUUUUAUAUUGUGUCUUAAUAAUUACUAGUUUAUAGUACAAUUGUAUGAGAAAUAUUUUGAAAAUGCAUGUCGCGUCAUAGAGCGGUUUGUAGGCAUGGUGUUGAUUCAAUCUAAUAUGUCAAAACGGUUAUAGAACGCAUCAUAAAACGUCAGGCAAGUGUAUUUCUGCUUUUAUACGGCUUAAUAUUUAGACCAAUAGGAAUGCAUUCAGAUUUCAAACUAAUUUGUUUCCUAUUGGUCGAUAUGCACAUAUACUGUCAAGUAACGUAAUGAAUUGUUAUGCUGUUUGAGAUGACAUCGGCUUUAUAAAAAAAUAAACAAACAGCGUUGCAAGCGAGUGUGUAUGUACCUAUAAAUAAUUUAUGAUUAUAUUUAAUGUGGAAAUAUUAAUAUAUUUUGUAUCUGACAAUCAUCAGGCUAUCGGUUAUUUAGGUUUGGAGAAAAUAAAGUGAAAGAGUUGUUCUAAAUCCAGUAAGA